AGUGAAAGUAUGCAGUUGUUUACGAGGCUUCGCUGCCCCCCCCCCCCCCGUCUCUGCACAGUCUGAGGCGUCGACAUGAUGAACAGGAGCAGCAGACCGACAGGGCGGGAGAGGAGCCGCAGGCAGGAAGACCAAGACAAUAGUUUCCCAACAGCCGAUUCCUUCCGCAUCCAGCAGAGGCCGCUGCUUCAUCCUGGAUCUAACUGAGAGACCUAUGACUCUGUCUGCAGCAGGUGAGCUGUGUGGAGGUUUGUCGUUAAUGACACAGCAGGUAGAAACCGACACGGUACAACACAGUACCUUAGACUUAGACUUAUCGGAAAGUGACAACACACUCAAAACUGAUCAUAAUUUAACCUAUAAGGUUUAUCUUUGUCUGAAGAAAUGUUGCAUAUAAGAACCAUUUUUAGCCUUUAAUCACAGACCUGUGGAGGAACAGUGACUGUCACGAAACAACGUGCAUUGGGGCGAACUGCACAAGACUCGUAGAGUCUCCAAACAAACCUGAUUUUUAUUUGAGUCAUUUCAAACACUUGUCUGAAUGAAGUAAGAAAGUCGCUGCCUGUAACAGCCAUCACGGCUAAUUGCAGAGGGAUCUAAUCCGUGAAAAGCAGUUUGUUUGUAUACUCACACCUUCACAAAACUGGCCUGGCCAGCAGCAGCAGCUACGCCCACCAUCACUUAGUACUGGCUGUGUGAGAUGUGUCCUCUUGAACUCUGUAAUACCACUAACCUCCAUUGUAGACUCACUGAAGACCUGAAGAUGAGUGAACGUGGAUCUGAAAGAGGAUCAGCGUCCUCGUCAGUCAGUUCCAUCUCUGCAAAGACUGACCGGUCCAAAGAAAAUCCUCCAGUCUUCAGCCCAGAGCCCAGACCUUCACAAACAAGAAUCACUAAAGUCAUGAGGAUCAGUAAACCUCAGGGAGGAUCAGCGUCCUCGUCAGUCAGUUCCAUCUCUGCAAAGACUGACAGGUCCAAAGAAAAUCCCCCAGUCUUCAGCCCAGAGCCAAGACCUUCACAAACAAGAAUCACUAAAGUCAUGAGGAUCAGUAAACCUCAGGGAGGAUCAGCGUCCUCGUCAGUCAGUUCCAUCUCUGCAAAGACUGACAGGUCCAAAGAAAAUCCUCCAGUCUUCAGCCCAGAGCCCAGACCUUCACAAACAAGAAUCACUAAAGUCAUGAGGAUCAGUAAACCUCAGGGAGGAUCAGCGUCCUCGACAGUCAGUUCCAUCUCUGCAAAGACUGACAGGUCCAAAGAAAAUCCUCCAGUCUUCAGCCCAGAGCCAAGACCUUCACAAACAAGAAUCACUAAAGUCAUGAGGAUCAGUAAACCUCAGGGAGGAUCAGCGUCCUCGUCAGUCAGUUCCAUCUCUGCAAAGACUGACCGGUCCAAAGAAAAUCCUCCAGUCUUCAGCCCAGAGCCCAGACCUUCACAAACAAGAAUCACUAAAGUCAUGAGGAUCAGUAAACCUCAGGGAGGAUCAGCGUCCUCGUCAGUCAGUUCCAUCUCUGCAAAGACUGACAGGUCCAAAGAAAAUCCUCCAGUCUUCAGCCCAGAGCCAAGACCUUCACAAACAAGAAUCACUAAAGUCAUGAGGAUCAGUAAACCUCAGGGAGGAUCAGCGUCCUCGUCAGUCAGUUCCAUCUCUGCAAAGACUGACCGGUCCAAAGAAAAUCCUCCAGUCUUCAGCCCAGAGCCAAGACCUUCACUAAGAAGUAGCCAGGCUGUAUCAAGGAUUCAGCAGAACCAGGACACCCUGAAGGUGUUUGAAUAUAAAGCCAUGGCUUUCGUAAAGCAAGCUCUGACAACCCAUAAGAAGGUCCUUUCUACAAAACACAAAGGACUGUUUGAGGAAGAUGAGCAAGAGGACACUCCUGAUGAUCAACCAGUCGACUUCGAUGAUGAAACAAAUGAAGCAGCUCUGAAGAUUGCCCUCCAUAUCUUGAGGACCAUGAAUGAGGAUGAACAUGCUCACACGCUGGAGCAAAGUCAUUAUGGAGAACUUGCCAUGUACCAAAAGAAACAAAAGUCUUCCCUGAAGAGCAAAAAUGAAUGCAUUUUGGAAGCGAUGACUACAGAGCAGUGGCCUGUGCCUCUUAAAAAUAUUUAUACGAAGUUAUAUCUGAUCGAGGGGGACAGCGGAGAGGUCAACAGUGAACAUGAAGUGAGACAAAUUGAGACAGCAUUCAACAGACAGAUGUCUUCGGAAACUCUGAUCAACUCUAAGGACAUCUUCAAGACCGUACCAAAACAAAAAGGCAAACCAAACAGAACGGUUCUCACCCAGGGGAUAGCAGGCAUCGGUAAAACUGUGCUCACACAGAAGUUCAUGCUGGAUUGGUCAGAAGAGAAGGCCAAUCAAGACAUCCAGCUCCUAUUUUCACUUCCUUUUAGGGAGCUGAAUUUGAUUAAAAAUGAAAGAAAAAGUUUGAUGGAGCUCCUGUACGUCUUCUCUCCAGACCUGAAGAGAUCUGGAAUCACAGACCUGAACAUGUACAAAGUUCUGUUUGUGCUGGAUGGCCUCGAUGAGUGCAGGCUGCCUCUGGAUUUCAAGGGAAAUGAGAGAUGUUGUGACGCUACAUGGUCAGCCUCAGUGGACGUGCUGCUGACAAACCUCAUUGCUGGUAACUUGCUACCAAAAGCUAAUCUGUGGAUAACUACCCGACCCGCUGCAGCCAGCUGCAUCCCUCGACGGUAUGUAGACCUCAUGACUGAGAUACGAGGCUUCAACAACACACAGAAGGACCAGUACUUUCACAAGAAGAUUGAAGAUGAGAACUUAGCCAGAAGAGUAAUCGCAAACAUAAAGUCCACAAGAAGCCUCUACAUCAUGUGCCAUGUGCCAGUGUUCUGCUGGAUUUCCUCUAUUGUCCUGGGAAAGAUGUGCGCCAAAGCAGGAGGAGGAAAAAUGCCAAAGACUUUGACUCAGAUGUACAUCCAUUUUCUGGCACAUCAGACUACCCUGAAGCAUGUCAAGUACUGUGAAGAGGAACAACGGGAAUCCCAGGGGUAUAACGAGGUGAUUAUGUCACUCGGGAAGUUGGCCUUCCAGCAGCUGGAGAAAGGCAACCUGAUCUUCUACGAGGGCGAUCUAAUAGACUGUGGUAUUGAUGUCAAAGAAGCAUCUGUCUACUCAGGAGUGUGCACUCAAGUCUUCAGGGAAGAGUUCUGUAUGCAGGAUAAAGUCUUCUGCUUCGUGCAUCUGUCUGUCCAAGAGUUUCUCGCAGCUCUGUACGUCCAUGUGAUGUACAUGGUCAGUGGUGUAAACGUGUUGAUCGAUGAACCUGAGCAGAUGGCCCCAACCGAGCCUGUAUGUGAACUACACAAAGCUGCGGUGGACAGAGCUUUAGAAAGUGACAAUGGCCACCUGGAUCUCUUCCUGCGUUUCCUCCUCGGACUCUCAAUGGAGUCCAGUCAGGGUCUGCUCAGAGGCCUGAAGAUUCAGGUUAAAACCUGUGACUCCCAAAGUCACGAGGAAACCGUCAAGUACAUCAAGCAGAAGGUAAACGAGUCUCUUCAUCCGGAGAAGUACAUCAAUCUCUUCCACUGUAUGAAUGAGUUAAACGACCACUCUCUGGUGGAGGAGAUCCAGAGCCACUUGGACUUAGACCGAGACGUGGUGAUGGACGGCUGCUCUGUAUCUCAGUGGGCAGCUCUGGUCUUUGUGUUGCUGACCUCACCGGAGAAGCCAAAGGAGAUCCACCUCAACAAGUACUCCAGAACAGAAGAAGGACUUUUGAGGCUCCUACCAGCCAUCAAAGCAUCCAGAUCAGCAAUGUUGAAUGAUUGUAAUCUCACUGCAGACUGCUUGGAGGUUCUGUCCUCCACGCUCAGCUCCAGCUCUAAUGAGCUGAACCAUUUAAACCUAAGUGACAACAGCUUACAAGGCUUAGGAAUGGAGCAUCUCUGCACCGGCCUCCGGAGCCCACACUGCAGACUGAAGACGCUGAGGCUGAACCGCUGCAGUCUGACCCAGACGAGCUGUGAAAAACUGGCCUCAGUCCUGAGCUGUCCUUCAUCAGAUCUUCGAGAGCUGGACUUGAGUGACAACGACGUUGAAGACUCGGGAGUUCAGAUGCUCUCUGGUGGGCUGGGAGAUGUUCGCUGUAAACUGGAAGCCCUCAGGUUGGCGUUCUGUAACAUCACAGAAAAGGGUUGUGGUUUCUUGGCCUCGGCAGUGAAGUCCAACCCAUCCCACCUGAGCGAGCUAGACCUGAGCUACAAUCACCUCGGAGACGCAGGAGUGAAGCUCAUCUCUGAAGCUGUGGAGGAAGGACGAUGUGAAUUAACUAAACUCAGAGUCGACCACAGUGCCGAGCACUGGUUUAGACCGGCACUGAGAAAAUAUGCACGUGAGCUCACAGUGGAUCCCGACACUGCUCACAGACUCCUCGUCCUCUCUGACGGACAGCGGAAAGUCAGCCAGGUCAGCGAGGAGCAGCCGUAUCCCGAUCACCCUGACAGGUUUGACUACUGGGCCCAAGUCCUGUUCCAGCAGGGCCUGACGGGCCGCUGUUACUGGGAGGUGGAGUGGGAAGGAAAGUGGGCUGGGAUUGGAGUGACCUACAAGGGCAUCAGUCGCAAAGGGCCAGAAAACGACUGUGUGAUGGGAUACAAUGAGAUUUCUUGGAGUCUGCACUGCUCUGCUAAAGGCUACCGCGCGUAUCAUAACUUUGAGAGCAUCGUCCCUCGUGUCCCUCUGGGGGGUUGUCGUGGACUGGCUGUGUAUCUGGACUGGGAGGCUGGCAUCCUGUCCUUCUACAGAGGUUCUUCUGGAGGGUCGCUGACACACCUGCACACCUUCCUCACCAAAUUCACCGAACCUCUCUACCCAAUACUCAGGGUGUGGGGUAAGGGCUCCUCGGUGCAGCUGCGUCAGGUGAAACAGUUUGCCUCAGAAGAGACUGAAUAAGUCUUGAUCCACAUUACCACUGAGGUGAUGGGCUAAGGCUUCAGUAGCUGGUUGCUGGGGGGGGGGGUCUGUACAUUGUUUAAAGGAAUUGCUAAGUUGGAGCUAGCUGGUUGCUAAGUGGCUGCUGAGCUGUUAAUAGGAAGCGAACAUGGCUCACAUGCAGGUGUGUUCAGUGUGUGGUUGCUAAGCAGUUGCUAUGGAUUUCAAGGCUAGUUGUUGCUGUGUUUUUUUGGUGUGGUUGCCAUGGAGAAUGUGGGAGUUUGUUCUGUGUAUGUGAGUGAGAUCUGCAUGGUUGCCAGGCCACAGUGUUUGAUAGCAGCUUCUGAAUAUUACACUUAUAUAAUAUACACUUCUGAAUAUUCAGAUACUCAUAUUAGUCUUGACAUCCUUGGUUGUUUUUCAACAUAUCUUAUUUUGUAGCUUCCAAAAUGAUCAUAUGUCCGUACAAAACAUACUUAAAGUUAAACAACUUAAAAAAAAAAGCUACCUACUAAUCAUAAAAAAGACACUAAGAAACACAUUUUGCUCUUUCGUGACUUCAUGGAAACGUUUUUAUCGUCAGAAAAUAUGUCACAGCUGCACAUUUUCAAAUGUAUCUGUAUAUUUUUUCCACUCUGAUCUAAUCUAUUGUAAUGUAUUGCUAACUUUCUGAGUAUUUUGAAAAUUUUUCACAAUUCAUCAAAAUAGUUAAUUACAGUAUUUGUGUAACUUUGUGUACUUCUGUACCUGUAAUUUGUGUAAUUGAAAAUAAUCACAUUAAUAAAUGGUAAAAUGUA